AUGGGAGCUGAAGGUGGGAUGGGAAUGGAAGUUGAUGGUGGGAUGGGAAUGGGAGUUGAGGGUGGGAUUGGAAUGGAAGUUGAUGGUGGGAUGGGAAUGGAAGUUGAGGGUGGGAUUGGAAUGGAAGUUGAUGGUGGGAUGGGAAUGGAAGUUGAUGGUGGGAUGGGAAUGGAAGUUGAGGGUGGGAUUGGAAUGGAAGUUGAUGGUGGGAUGGGAAUGGAAGUUGAGGGUGGGAUUGGAAUGGAAGUUGAUGGUGGGAUGGGAAUGGAAGUUGAUGGUGGGAUGGGAAUGGAAGUUGAUGGUGGGAUGGGAAUGGAAGUUGAUGGUGGUAUGGGAAUGGAAGUUGAUGGUGGGAUUGGAAUGGAAGUUGAUGGUGGGAUGGGAAUGGAAGUUGAUGGUGGGAUUGGAAUGGAAGUUGAUGGUGGGAUGGGAAUGGAAGUUGAGGGUGGGAUUGGAAUGGAAGUUGAUGGUGGGAUGGGAAUGGAAGUUGAUGGUGGGAUGGGAAUGGAAGUUGAGGGUGGGAUUGGAAUGGAAAUUGAUGAUGGGAUGGGAAUGGAAGUUGAUGGUGGGAUGGGAAUGGAAGUUGAGGGUGGGAUUGGAAUGGAAGUUGAUGGUGGGAUGGGAAUGGAAGUUGAUGGUGGGAUGGGAAUGGAAGUUGAGGGUGGGAUUGGAAUGGAAGUUGAUGGUGGGAUUGGAAUGGAAGUUGAUGGUGGGAUGGGAAUGGAAGUUGAGGGUGGGAUUGGAAUGGAAGUUGAUGGUGGAAUGGGAAUGGAAGUUGAUGGUGGGAUGGGAAUGGAAGUUGAGGGUGGGAUUGGAAUGGAAAUUGAUGAUGGGAUGGGAAUGGAAGUUGAUGGUGGGAUGGAAAUGGAAGUUGAGGGUGGGAUUGGAAUGGAAGUUGAUGGUGGGAUGGGAAUGGAAGUAGAUGGUGGGAUGGGAGUUGAUAUUGGGGUUGGAGGUGAUGGUGGACAAUAG